AUGAACAGCACUAGCUAUCCAGGUGCGGCGGCACCUCCAGCAGGAGUAAUCGCAAACGUCGACCAUCCUCAAGAUUUGCUGAGGACGGUCAACUAUGUUACACAGGGGUUGACGAUUGCCUUUGUCUCCUUUUUCAUGGGAUUAAGGAUAUAUUCAAAGAUGACUGUUUUGCGUGGUAAUUUUGGCUGGGAAGACUAUACAACAUUCAUUUCAUAUGUAAUAAUGAUCGGUUAUUGUGUCUGUGGUAUACUAUUGAGUGUCCACGAAGGAGGUCAAAACAUUUGGGAAGUCCACAAGGAUCAGAUUGAGCCCUUCAUGAAGGUCGCAUACGCCGCAACGAUCCACUACGCACCCAUGGCUCUCUUUUGCAAGCUGUCGCUGCUCUUGCUCAUUGCCCGCGUCUUUGGCUCCGUGCACAAGAAGACAAUUCUGGGCAUCCGCAUCUUCAUGGGUCUGCUGGUGGCCUACUACGUGACGGCCUUUGUCAUCAAGAUCCGGCCCUGCUAUCCCAUCUCGGCCUACUGGAAGGGCGACAUAACCAAGUGUAUGGACCAGUCGGCCGUCAUUACCGCCGACUCCAUCAUCAGUGUCAUUAGCGAUCUGGCUAUUCUACUCCUCCCGACGCCCCUGACCUGGUCGCUCAACAUGCCCACAAGGAAGAAGCUGCGUGUGCUGGGCGUGCUCUGUGCCGGAGGAUUGGCCACUGCAUUCAGUAUCCUGCGACUCGGACUUAUCAUUGCCGAGGGUAGUUCCGGAAACACGACCAUGGUCUUUGUCAAGGUCGUGCUAUCAGGAAACGCUGAGGUUGGAAUAGGACUGAUCUGUGCCUGUCUACCGGCAUGCAACGCCCUCAUCAUCCGACGGAACCAGCGAUACUACUCCGAGGCCUACUCGCGCAACGCCUACCACCGCUCCAAGGGCGGAGACAACAACACGGCCAACUUGACGAACCGCAUCUACGUGCAGCGCGACUUUCACCUCGAGAGAGAAGAGCGGGGCCACAGCGGUAGCGGCAGUGGCAGCGGCAAGGAGAUUGGCAUCACGGCCUUUGAGAUGCACAGCGACGACACUCAACUAGUGACCCACGCCCAGGCGGACCCAGGAAACGACGCCUGGUCAAACAAAUCGGUCUAA